AAUACAAAUCAAAAUGAAUGGUUUCGAUGUGAUUUUGAUUUUAUUCGUGAUCUUCUUUCAACAUCAAAUCUUGUUCUUACUAAUGAAUAUCGUUUAUAUACAGCAAUUAGUGAUUGGUUAUUAGCACGUUCAUCCGAUACACCUAUAUUAACAUAUGCUUGCGAACUUUUACCAUUAAUACGUUUUUCACAAAUGUUACCUAUACAAUUACAUCAAAUUGAACAAUCAAUAUUAUAUCAAAGAAAUAAUAAUGAACAAAUUCAAGAAUUACUUAAACGUUUAUUAUAUCAAGCUUAUCGUUUUCAUACAUUAGCACCAUUAAGAAGAGAUAUUGAUAGACCUGAAUUUUUACCAUUAGAAUGGUAUUUACCAAGAGAAUAUACAGAAAUGAAUAUAACUGAUCGUGUUGAUAUUCAAUCGACACUUCGUUUUGGUAUUCAAGUUGAUGUUCAAACAUGUUCAUCUCCGGUUCCAUCAGUUGAUCGUACAGCUGAUUGGAAAGUUGUUUAUCGUAAACGUAGUCAUGAUAAAUGGACACUUAAAGUACAUCGACAUGAUGAAACAAAUGAAACUCAUGCACAAGUCACUGCAAUUAUCUAUGAUUAUGAACGACGUGUUUUACAAGUUGAUCGAGGUGAAACAUUUAUAUUUACAACAUCAAAUCAAUAUGAAUUAGAAAUUGUUUUAAAUAAUCCAUAUGAAGCAAAAGAAUUAUAUCUUCUUAUUAAACCUGUUAUUUCUUGA